AUGGCCUGUGAAGCACAGAUGGACCCUGGUGGGGCAGCCAGCCCCCUGGCCACCUCCGCCCCUGGCUGGAGUGCCCUGCCUGGAGGAAGCACUGCUGGCUGGGGACAAGAGCUUUACAAUGGUCAGGUCCUCACGGUGCUCCGGAUCGACAACACCUGUGCACCCAUCUCCUUUGAUCUGGGGGCUGCAGAAGAGCAGCUGCAGACCUGGGGCAUUCAGGUCCCGACUGACCAGUACAGGAGCUUGGCCGAGAGUGCCCUCCUGGAGCCCCAAGUGAGAAGAUACAUCAUCUACAACUCAAGGCCAAUGCGACUGGCCUUCGCUGUGGUGUUCUACGUGGUGGUGUGGGCCAAUAUCUACUCUACCAGCCAGAUGUUCGCUCUGGGGAACCACUGGGUGGGCGUGCUGCUUGUGACGCUGGCUGCGGUCAGCCUUACCCUGACUCUGGUCCUCAUCUUCGAGAGACACCAGAGGAAGGCCAACACCAACACGGACCUGAGACUGGCGGCUGCCAACGGAGCCCUCAUGAGACACCGGGUGCUGCUGGGGGUGACGGACACGGUGGAAGGCUGCCAGAGCGUCAUCCAGCUCUGGUUUGUCUACUUUGACCUGGAAAACUGUGUGCAGUUCUUGUCUGACCACGUUCAAGAGAUGAAGACCAGCCAAGAGUCUUUGCUGAGAAACAGAUUGAGCCAGCUGUGUGUUGUCAUGGAGACUGGGGUGAGCCCCAGCACACCAGAGGGGCCUGAGAACCUGACAGAGGAGUCCCCUCUCCUGCCCAGUAGCUCUCAGCCUCCCGGGAGGCCACUCGUACAGACGGAGCUUCGCCAGCUUGUUCCUGAUGCCGAACCAGAGGAAAUGGCCCGGCAGUUGCUGGCGGUGUUUGGUGGCUACUACAUUCGACUUUUGGUGACCUCCCAGCUCCCGCAGGCAACAGGGACACGACACACAGACUCUACGAGGGCCCCAUGCCCCUGCCAGCUCAUCGAAGCCCACAUUCUGGGCACUGGGUGCUGUCCUUUCCUGGCUAGGUGA